UGUGUAACUCAACACUGAAAUGCUUCGUGUAAGAAAACUACAGCAGCACACAGUGCUGAAACUAAUACAGUGCUUCACUUUACAGAGGAGACAGACGAGCUUACACCAUGCAGUGGGUGCAGUACAGUGGAUGAGCAGAAACAGACCAGCUCCUCUGUUGACGGCUGCUCCUGUUCGUGCCAUCGUAGAUGAACCGAUCAGCAUUAAAGGGCAAUUCCUCCCCCCAUACUCUCCAGUUACACUUUGUGCACGAUUGUAUUGUGAAGAUGGUGACCUGUGGGAGGCAUCCGCCCAUUAUAAUACAAAAGCUGAUGGCACUGUCAACUUGACCAGGGAUCAUUCAGUUGGGGGUUCAUAUUUGGGCUGUGAACCAAUGGGACUCUUCUGGGCACUGCGGCCAUCUCCUGGAGAAAGAGAAGGUCCAAGACUGAGGAAGAAAAAUGUGGAAACUCCAUAUGUCGUGCACAUUUCCCUCUGGGAUGGGCAUGUGUCACCCAGUGAGAGACCGAGCACUGAGCUGGCUGCUGUAACUGCUGAGCGCUGGUUCAUGGCACCAGGUGUAAGAAGAAUAGAGAUUCGCCAAAAUGGAAUUGUAGGGACGUUAUUCUUACCUCCUGGUCCUGGUCCAUUUCCAGCCAUGUUGGAUCUUUGGGGAGUUGGUGGAGGACUGCCAGAGUAUCGCUCAGCCCUGUUUGCAUCCAGAGGUUAUGCCAGUUUAUCACUCGCCUACAUGAAGCACAAAGACUUACCUGGCCCAUUCCAUUGCCUCACUGUUGGUGAUUCAUAUUUCAAGUCAGCUUUCCAGCUGCUUCAAGAACAUCAUCAAGUUUGUGCUGACAGAGUUGGGAUCAUCGGUCUGUCGUACGGAGUCUACCUGACUCUUCGAAUUGCCACUCAGUUUGGUGUCAAACCAUCAUGCUUGAUUUGUGUUAAUGGACCAGCUGUAAAUAUCAUGAAGCACUCGGGUGGAGACAGCAGGACUCAAGACAGCGAUAGUGAUCCACAAUAUUGGACAUAUGACCAUCAAGGCUAUGUCACUUUCAAAGAAGUCUCCAGCCUUCAUAAUAUUUGCCCAGGAAGCAGAUUGAAGCUGGAGAACAUCACCUGCCCAUUAAUGUACAUUUUGGGAGAAGAUGAUCUGAACACUUCAAGUGUGGAGAGUGUAAACCUGAUCGAGGAAACCCUGAGAGCUGCAGGUAAAUCUCACCUCUUCACUUGUUUGUCAUAUCCUGGUGCUGGGCACUUGAUUGAACCACCUUACACACCACUUGCAAGAACAUCACAAUGGAGAGUCAAACCAAUAAAAAUGAUGGUAGCAUGGGGAGGUCAUGUCUCACCUCAUGCAGCUGCCCAGGAAGAUGCAUGGAGGAACAUUCAGGAGUUUAUGGAAAAUAAUCUGAGACAGUGAAUCUGGUGUUGGUGAAGACUUGCAAGGACUUGCUUGGGUUUGGGAAAUGCUGCAUUUACCUCAAAGAGUUUUGCCUCAGGGAAACUGAAAGAUUAGAAAACUUUGUUGCAUCUAAACGUACAGAAAACUGAAGGUUUUUAUAACUGUGUGGAGUUAAUAAUGUCAUAAUGUGCAAAUAUAUGUUCUGUUUGUGGUAAAAGCAUAUGCAU